AUGAGCUUUGGAAACAACGUCUGCCCCAACCAGGUCUCAACAUGCCAAGCAUAUUGCAGCACAAGAGGCGGCUCGGUAGACUGGAGAAACGGGUGUUUCUCCAACAAUGAUGGCUACGAUAGCCCGUUUGAGUGGAUCACCUACUGCUUCAUCUGCAGGUGCAAGGACGACAAGGACACCACGCCUGACCUAACGGUAUAUUAUGGUUCGAUCGAGCGCUACGUUUGCGAGCGGCAGGAGCAGAAUUGCUAUUAUGCCUACGGCCAAUACGCGCAAAGCCCCCCCGAGGGGAAGUGCAAGAUUUGUCCAGAGAGGGAGUAUGUCUCGAUGGCUCCUGGUGUUUCCACCAGACCGAUCACUUCGCUGUCUUUUGCUACUGCGACUCGUGGAGUCGCGCCGGAGGACGCUACAUCGACCACCGCAACUACGAUCUCGACAUCCACAUCUACGUCCCCGACAAACACCCUUGUGGUCCCGGGGGCUGGGGAUGAUUUGUGGAAAGCUCUUGACCCAGAGGGUUUUGUAGAGGCGGAAGAGACUUCGACAACGCGUGGCGCGGGGCCUCAACCGACGGCUCUAUCUACAGAUGGCCUAGAUAUAGUAGUUGUGGUCAAGGACUCCGGCGCCGUGAAGCAGGCGGCUGGUGUGGGGGUGGCGGUUUUAGCGGCGGUGAUGGCACUCUGAACAGAUCUGGGUUGCUAUAGUUGUUUGAGAGAGUUUUGUAAGGGAUGUCUGAUAUGGUGGUUGGGCUAGGCAUCGCGUAUCGGGGUGAUGAGAUCCAGCGCACAAGUUCCUGUGU